CCAUACCUGACCUGGAAGCAUUGCUGGUCAUUGAAGGAAGUUUUCCGCCAGAAAAAAGACUCUGAUUUAACGGAGGGACGAAAAGUCGGGAAGCAGAGCGGUAUGGACUCUCCAGGCAGAAAUCAAAGUCCCAGUCCUGCGCAGAGAGAACACAGUGGAUCUUCAGAGAACGAGUCCAGUCCAGCAGCAGAGAGGCCCCAACAGGCCAGCUCGGUCGAGAGAAGCCCCAAAGACAGGCCGUCCCCUCAGGCCAGUCCUGCAGGCCGCAGCCCUUCUGGGAGCCCCGCCUCUAGCAGCUCAGACGACAGCAGCAGCAGCAGCAGCAGCAGCAGUGAUGAUGAGGAUAAACAUCACGGGGCACUGAGGAAGAUUAGGAGCAGCGUGGCCCAGAUCAAAAGAUCCAGGUCCAGGUCCAGAGAGCAAGACAGAUCCAGGUCUAGAGAGAGAGAGAGAUCCAGAUCCAGAUCUAGAUCCAGGGGGCAAGACACAUCCAGGUCCAAAUCCAGAGAACAAGACAAAUCCAGGUCCAGAGAGAGGGACAGAUCCCGGGAAAGAAACGGAUCAAGAUCCCGGGAAAGAGACAGAUCAAGAUCCCGGGAAAGAGACAGAUCAAGAUCCCGGGAAAGAGACAGAUCAAGAUCCAGAGGAAGAGACAGAUCAAGAUCCAGAGGAAGAGAGAGAUCCAGGUCCAGGGGACGAGACAGAUCCAGGUCCAGAGAGAGGGACCGGGACCGGGAGCGCUAUGACAGAGGACGCUAUGCUAGAGAUCGCUAUGACGAUCGUCGUGACGACAGGAACGGGCGUUUUGACCGGCGUACCAAUCGGGAUGCAGAGCCAGAUCACAGGAGGCGCGGCCGCUCCGUUUCCCCUCCGACAGACAGGGAGCCGAUGGCGGCCGACGAGCCGCCGGUAAAGAAGAAGAAGGAGGAGCUCGACCCGAUCCUGACGAGGACCGGCGGCGCUUACAUCCCCCCCGCCAAGCUGCGCAUGAUGCAGCAGCAAAUCACUGACAAGAGCAGCCUGGCCUAUCAGAGGAUGAGCUGGGAGGCUCUGAAGAAGUCCAUCAAUGGUUUGAUCAACAAAGUCAACGUGUCCAACAUCGUCAACAUCAUCCAGGAGCUGCUGCAGGAGAACAUCGUCAGGGGGAGGGGUCUGCUGGCUCGCUCAGUGCUUCAGGCUCAGGCAGCUUCUCCGAUCUUCACUCACGUUUAUGCCGCUGUCGUUGCCAUCAUCAACUCUAAAUUCCCUCAGAUUGGAGAGCUGAUCCUCAAACGCCUCAUCCUGACCUUCAGGCGGAGCUAUCGCCGUAACCUCAAGCAACAGUGCCUAACAGCCUCAAAGUUUGUGGCUCACCUCAUCAACCAGAAUGUGGCCCAUGAGGUUUUGUGUCUGGAGAUGCUCACACUGCUGCUGGAGCGACCCACUGACGACAGCGUGGAGGUCGCCAUCUCCUUCCUGAAGGAGUGUGGACUCAAACUGACUGAGGUCUCCCCCCGAGGAAUAAACGCCAUAUUUGAGCGUCUCAGGAACGUCCUCCACGAGUCGACCAUCGAUAAGAGGGUCCAGUACAUGAUUGAGGUGAUGUUUGCCAUCAGGAAGGACGGUUUCAAAGAUCAUCCAGUGGUCCCAGACGGCCUGGACCUGGUGGACGAGGAUGACCAGUUCACUCACAUGCUGCCGCUGGAUGACGAGUACAACACCGAGGACAUCCUUAAUGUGUUUAAGAUGGACCCAGACUUCCUGGAGAACGAGGAGAAAUACAAAACCAUUAAAAAAGAUAUCCUGGACGAGGGCAGCAGCGAUUCGGGGGAGGAGGGAGAUGGCAGCGAUGAAGAUGAAGACGAUGAAGAUGAGAACGAGGAGGGGGGAGAAGAUGAGAAGGUCACCAUCUUGGAUAAGACAGAAGUCAACCUGGUUGCUUUCAGAAGAACCAUCUACCUCGCUAUUCAGUCCAGUUUGGACUUCGAGGAGUGCGCCCACAAACUGAUCAAGAUGGACUUUCCUGAGAGCCAGACGAAGGAGCUGUGUAACAUGAUCCUGGACUGCUGCGCACAACAGAGAACCUACGAAAAGUUCUUUGGUCUGCUGGCCGGGAGGUUCUGUCUGCUGAAGAAGGAGUACAUGGAGAGUUUUGAGGGGAUUUUUUCAGAGCAGUACGACACGAUUCACCGACUGGAAACCAACAAACUGAGGAACGUGGCCCGACUGUUUGCUCACCUGCUCUACACAGACUCUGUUCCAUGGAGUGUGUUGGAGUGUAUCAGGAUGAGUGAGGAGACCACGACGUCGUCCAGCAGGAUCUUUGUGAAGAUCCUUUUCCAGGAGCUCUGUGCCUACAUGGGCCUCCCCAAACUCAACCAGAGGCUCAAAGACCCGACUCUGCAGCCCUUCUUUGAAGGUCUGUUUCCUCGUGAUAAUCCCAGAAACACUCGCUUCGCCAUCAACUUCUUCACCUCUAUUGGACUGGGAGGACUGACGGACGAGUUGAGGGAACAUCUGAAAAACGCUCCAAAGAUGAUCAUGACUCAGAACCAAGAAGUGGAAUCCUCUGACUCCUCCUCGUCCUCUUCAUCCUCCUCUUCGUCAUCGGAUUCCUCCUCCUCAGACUCCUCUAGUGAAUCAGAUUCAGACUCCUCAGACUCGGACUCCUCCAGCAGCAGCAGCAGCAGCAGCAGCUCAGACUCAGACACCAAACAGCGGAAGAAGAAGAAGAGAAAAGAACAAAGUGAGGAGAAGAAGAAGAAGAAAGAGAAGGACAAGAAGAAGAAGAAGGAAAAACCCACUGACAAGAAGCGAACCAAACACAAGAAUGAUGAUGACGGGGAAUAUGACAGUAAUGACGAGAAGCAGGCGAGGAGGGACGGGAAAGGCCGUGCACGUGAGGUGGAGGAGCGUGAGCGUGCACGUGAGGGCGCCCGCCGGAGCAGACGAGACGAAAGAGCAGAAGAAGAAGAGCAAUACAAAGAGGAGGAGAGGAGGCGAAAAAUGGACGUUGAAGGCAGGCAAAGAGACGGCGAGAGGGAGAGAGAGAGAGACAGGGGGAGGGAAAGAGAGCGAGAACGAGCGAGGGAGCGAGAGUAUGAGGAGAAGAGAGAGAGGGAGAGAGAGAGGAAUAAAGAGAACAGAGACAGGAACAGAGAGAGAGAGGAGAGGAGGAGGAGAUAAAACUCCUCAUCCCUCUGUCCUGAAGCAGCAGUAGUGGACUGAUGACUGACAGACCAGUGAAUCUUUUCCUUCUGUCAUCCCUCUCUUCUUCACCCCAUCCUGUCGCUGAUGUUUUGGAUUUCGGGACCUCUCUCUCUCUCUCUCUCUCUCUCUCUCUCUCUUUCU